UAGAGCACAAAUAAUUUUAGUCUUAUCUCCUCUUUCUCUACUAAACAAAUAUACACUGCAGCAAGAAUGACAAGAAAGAAGGUUAAGCUAGUGUGGAUAGUCAAUGAUGCUGCUAGAAAAGCUAGCCUUAAGAAAAGGAGGAUCGGGUUGUUAAAGAAAGUGAGUGAACUCACCACCUUAUGUGGUGUUAGUGCUUUUGUUGUCAUCUACAGUCCAGAUGAAGCUGAACCAAUGCUAUGGCCAUCCAGACCGGUUGUGCAACAAAUGCUGAUGAGAUACCAAAACAUACCGGAGAUAGACAGGUGCAAAAAGACGAUGAAUCAAGAACUUUAUUUGAAAGAGAGGAUGGGUAAAAUUCAAGAGCAAUCAAAAAAGAGUCAGAAAAAGAAUAGAGAGGUAGAAAUGUCUUAUCUUAUGGAUAAACUCCAUUACCAAGGUAAUGGAGUUGAUGAUUUUGAAACAGGUGAUACGCAAAUCUUGAUUUGGUUGCUGGAGGAGAGGAUGCGAGACAUGAGAAAAAGAGUUGAAUACUUUCAACAGGUUCCUCCUCUUCUGCCACCAGGCUAUGAAUUUCUUCCUCCUCCUCCCCCACAAGGAGACCACAACAUGGAGGAGAUGGGCCAAACAAAUGGUGGUUCUGAAGGUGGAGACCAGAUCAGGAACAAUAAUCCCACAGAUGCUAUGUCGUUGGAUCAGUGGUUUCUUGAUAUGAUCAACAACAAUGAAGGUACUAUUGCUGGUAAUAGUGGUACUAGGAAUGACAUGGGCAGCUUAGCACCGCAUGUCUAUAACUUUCCUGCAGGUUUUUCUGGUGGUGGAGUUGAUGUGGGAGAUCUUGGCCUAGGGCUCUCUCUACCUCUCCCUCACAGUACCUUCACUAUAGGAAAUAGCAGCGGUGGCGACAAUGGAAAUGCUGCUUUUGGUAUGGGGCUGCCUUUUCCUCCUAUGGGUGGAAACUCUUUUGGGUUGGGGCUGCCUGAUGGGAACACAGCAGGAAAUAACAAUGGUGAAUACAUUAUGGGGCUAGAGCUUCCUCCUCCAAGCAAUACCUUGGGCGGCUCUGCGGAAACUGAUCACUUUGGGCUGCCUGGAUUCUUAGGUGGUGGAAGUGAUAUGGGGCUGCCGUAUGAUGUUUCAAAGGGUUGGCCACAUAAUUUCACUCCAUAAUCUUAAUGUAUCGUCUUCCUAUUACAUGCAGAAUGGUCACAUUUAUUUUAUCUUAGUUAUGGUAUUUCUUUGCUUUUGUCAUGUUAUAUGUGUUCGUUUAUGUUUUCCUUCAAAAUCAUAUUCAUGUAUGAGUAUGAUCUAUCAUUUUCCUUUAGUGAAAGAUUGACAUAUUUUUAUGUCUCUUUCUAAUAUGUACCUGGUAUUUUAUUACAAAUAUAACUUUGUGGCCAUUAGAUUUU